AAAUAUGUCACAAAAGUUCAAGGUUAGAAAACUCAGAGAUUAAAAGCCAGAGGAUCUUCUUAAGGAUUUAGAAAAGCUUAAGUCAGAACUCAUACAAUUGAAAACAGUCAAAGUUUCAGCUGGUAAUGCUUAAAAACUCGGCAGAAUUGGAGUAAUUCUUAGUCCCAAUAUUUUCAGCUUGUGAGAAAACGAAUUGCAAAACACUUAACCGUCAUUAAUCAAUAAAGAAGCGAUUAAGUUAAAUCAAGCACAAAAUCAAGUGGCAAACUCCCUGUUGAUCUCAGAGGUAAAUAAACUAGAGCAAUAAGAUAAAGAUUAACCAGAAGUGAAAGAGGUUCAACAUUUUAAUAUUAUUUAGCUCAAAAAACUCUCAGAUAAUGGAAAAGAUUAAACAAUUUUGCAUUAAGAAAGUUUGCUUUGAAAGAGUGAUUCAUUAACAAUCAAUAUA